GAUGAGUACCCUAGGCAAAAUUCAGUUAAAUAAUGAUGAACGCUCUGAUGAAGGGAAUUCUGAAGAAACAUCUUCUGACUUACAACAGGAAAACCAGGGCUUUAGGGAGCCUCAGCCAUCUUGUUCUGGUGAACAUCUAAAGCCUGCAUCUAGGUCCAGGUCGAAACGUAAAGAGGCCCACAAACUUUCAUAUCCCGGGAAAUCCCAUUUCCCAAAGCAUGGGCUCUCCAAGCUCAUUCUUGAGAUGUUGGCCUCACAUGAUCAAUGUUCCACAGCCUCUCUGCAAAGUCUUAAAGAGAGAGUGGCAGCCUUGAGAUGUGACCUUGAGAAACAGAAGAGGCUCUUCAAGAGGGCUGAGAGGACCUUGGUUGCCAAGGGUCUGUUGAGGAAGUUGACCGGCUGUGGGCUUACAAGCUCCUGUGCAAUCAACCAGAUGUUGGUGAAGGUGCUGAAAAGGAGGAGGAGGAGGAGGAAGAGGAGGGAAAGGGAAAGGAAGAAAAAGGCCAAGAGGAACAGGAGGAACUGGAGGAAGAGGAGAAGGAAGAAGACACCUGAGCCACCUGACUUGCAGAAUCCUGUGCUGAUGACAGGAGCUUUCCAUAGCUGA